CGCGCAAGAGGGUGACCAGGGGAGGCUUAGGAAAACUGAUGGGUGGAUCCCUGGCCAACUUUAAGCCCCGUGAUUUGCUAAUCGGGGUAUUUUUUCCUUGUCAUUUUCCUGUAAUUCAGGGACUGGGUCCAGCCCUCUUGACGGUGAGGCGAUCGAGCGCUCCGCGUCUCAUUUUGAUUAAAGCCCGAAUCCCUUCAGUCUGAAGGCUGGGCGCAAGAAAAGGAGGAUCGAAGGGGGCCCGGCGAGACAUAAUACCCUUCAUCUAUGGCUGUUUAGAGCAGAUCGGGCACAUUUGGGAUUGUAGAAGGGACAUCAUUUUCAAAUUAGCAGAGGUCGCCCUGGGUUUUGUACACAUUUGUGGGCGCCCGACCAUGGAGAGGCCAAGGUGGUCCCCAAUGUGGAAAACGAAAAGGUGGCUUUUGGAUUCCACUGUUUUCAAAUUCAUCACAGUUUCCCUCGUCCUGGUUCUGCAGGCUCCAAAUGUCAGAGCAGCAGAACCUGUGGAUGUCCUAAAAGUAUUAGAAUUUCCCACUGUCCCAGAAGGAGUAGAGAAAACUUCAGGAUUUUGCACAAACCGAAGAGCAUCACAGCCGGACACGGCCUACAAAAUAGGCAAGAAUGCCCAGAUCAGUGCCCCAACCAAGCAGCUUUUCCCAGAUGGUGUGUUCCCUGAAGACUUUUCCAUCCUAACCACCAUCAAGCCCAAAGCUGGAAUCCAGUCCUUCCUUUUGUCCAUCUACAACGAGAAAGGCGUCCAGCAACUAGGCGUGGAGGUGGGCCGCUCACCUGUCUUCCUGUACGAGGAUCAGACAGGCAAGCCUGCCCCGGAGGAUUACCCACUGUUCCGCUCCCUCAACCUGGCCGACGGAAAGUGGCAUCGUGUAGGCAUCAGUGUUGAGAAGAAGACCGUGACCAUCAUUGUUGACUGCAAGAAGAAACUGACAAAGCCCUUGGGCAGGAGUGACCAUGCUGGAAUUGACACCAGUGGUAUAACCGUUUUUGGAACCAGGAUCCUGGAUGAAGAAGCGUUUGAGGGUGACAUCCAGCAACUGCUGAUUGUGGCCGACCCUAAAGCAGCUUACGACUACUGUGAACACUACAGCCCAGACUGUGACGUCCCCCAUAAGGACACCCUUCAAGCACAGGAGCCCAGAGAGGAGUACACAACUGCUGUUGAUUACGGUGAUUUAUAUGAUUAUUAUGAGGGAGCGACCCCCACAGCCACAGAUGGAUAUUCUGAGCCGCAGCCUAACAAUGUAGAUGGGGAGUACUAUACAGACAGUGAACUUGACUACGGAACAGUAGAUGCUUCCAAAACUCAGUCUCCUGUCGCAACCACUGGACCAAACCAGGCUGUGGAAGAGGACGUUUUCGGUGAUUAUGUCACUGAGACGGCCCAAGCUGGUCUGGAUCCAACCAUUGCCCCAGAAGCCGCGCUGCCAAGCGGCACCACAGAACCCGUUGGAGUGGAUGCGUAUGACUUUAAGGAGUAUGAUCUUAAGGAAUAUGAUGUGACUGGCAAAAAUCAAUAUGAGUAUGGGGCGUAUGAUGAGUUUGGCAAUGUGGCUCCAAAUCCUACGUCCAAUUACGAGGAUAGUUUCGGGCCAGGGGUUGCUGCCGAAACCGACAUCGCUGAAACAGAAGUGACGUCGGAUUUGGGUGGUGGUGCUGCUCUGGGUCAGAAGGGAGAAAAAGGAGAACCUGCAGUGAUUGAGCCGGGAAUGCUGAUUGAAGGACCUGCUGGACCACCUGGACCUGCUGGUCUUCCAGGCCCUUCAGGUUUACAAGGCCCCCCUGGUUCAGCCGGAGAUCCUGGUGACAGGGGUCCUCCUGGCCGUGCUGGUCUUCCCGGAGCGGAUGGCAUGCCAGGACCCCCUGGUACUAUGCUGAUGCUGCCAUUUCGGUUUGGAGGUGAUGGGGAAAAGGGUCCAGUGGUGUCGGCUCAGGAGGCCCAGGCUCAGGCCAUUCUCUCUCAGGCCAGGCUCGCCAUGAGAGGUCCACCAGGUCCAAUGGGUCUCACUGGAAGAUCCGGCCCAGUGGGUCUUCCAGGAGCCCCUGGGCUGAAGGGAGAUAGUGGAGACUCUGGUCCUCAGGGUCCAAGGGGUAUCCAAGGCCCACCAGGGCAAAUGGGAAAACCUGGCAAGAGAGGUCGUGCUGGAGCCGACGGGGCCCGUGGAAUGCCUGGAGAAUCUGGAUCUAAGGGUGACAGAGGUUUUGAUGGGCUUCCAGGUCUGCCCGGCGAGAAGGGACACAGGGGUGAGAACGGUCCUCCUGGUCCACCUGGAUCUCCCGGAGAGGACGGACCAAGGGGAGAAGAUGGAGAGAUUGGACCAAGAGGACUUGCUGGUGAGAGUGGGCCACGAGGUCUGCUCGGCCCCAGAGGCCCUCCUGGAUCUCCUGGACAACCUGGCAUUGCUGGUGUUGAUGGUCCACAGGGUCCCAAAGGAAACAUGGGACCCCAGGGAGAGCCGGGGCCUCCUGGUCAACAGGGAAUCCCAGGAUCACAGGGUCUUCCAGGUCCACAGGGCCCCAUCGGACCUCCUGGAGAAAAAGGUCCUCAGGGAAGGUCCGGUUUGCCAGGAUUGCCUGGCGCAGACGGACCUCCUGGACAUCCUGGUAAAGAGGGUCCACCUGGAGAGAAAGGAGCUUUGGGCCAGCCCGGCCCCCAGGGCCCCAUCGGCUAUCCUGGCCCUCGCGGUGUGAAGGGUGCUGAUGGCGUUCGUGGACUGAAGGGAGGCAAAGGAGAGAAGGGCGAGGAUGGUUUUCCAGGUUUCAAGGGAGACAUGGGUCUCAAAGGCGACCGGGGUGAGCUUGGAUUGGCCGGACCCAGAGGUGAGGACGGACCAGAGGGCCCGAAGGGUCGUGCAGGUCCCAAUGGUGAAUCUGGACCCCUGGGACCUGCUGGAGAAAAGGGCAAACUUGGUGUUCCGGGAUUGCCCGGCUAUCCAGGACGUCAAGGGCCAAAGGGUUCGACUGGUUUCCCCGGAUUCCCAGGAGCCAAUGGAGAGAAAGGAGGCAGGGGAGUUGCAGGGAAACCCGGUCCAAGAGGUCAAAGAGGUCCGACGGGUCCCCGUGGUGCACGCGGUGCCAGAGGCCCAACAGGAAAACCAGGCCCUAAGGGCACAUCGGGCAACGAUGGUCCACCUGGCCCACCCGGCGAGAGAGGACCUCAAGGGCCCCAGGGUCCCGUUGGUUUUUCAGGACCAAAGGGCCCCCCUGGACCACCUGGAAAGGAUGGGCUGCCCGGUCACCCCGGCCAGCGGGGAGAGACUGGUUUCCAAGGCAAAACUGGCCCACCAGGACCUGGAGGUGUUGUUGGACCACAGGGUCCAACAGGAGAAACCGGCCCUGUUGGUGAGAGAGGACAUCCUGGACCCCCUGGGCCCCCCGGAGAGCAAGGUCUUCCAGGUGCUGGUGGAAAAGAAGGUGCAAAGGGAGAUCCAGGUCCUUCGGGCAGUCCAGGAAAAGACGGUCCUCCAGGACUGAGAGGGUUCCCAGGAGAGAGAGGUCUUCCUGGAGUGACGGGUCCAUCUGGUUUGAAAGGAGCCGAGGGCCCUCAGGGCCCACCUGGUCCUGUUGGUUCCCCUGGUGAGAGAGGAGCAGCAGGACCUGCUGGCCCCAUUGGUCUGUCUGGACGCACUGGACCUCAGGGACCCCCAGGACCUGCUGGAGAGAAGGGUGGACCGGGAGAGAGAGGUCCCCCAGGUCCAGCUGGUCGGGAUGGAGUACAAGGUCCAGUUGGUCUGCCAGGUCCAGCAGGACCUCAGGGUCCACCUGGAGAAGAUGGUGACAAGGGAGAAGUGGGAGAACCAGGCCAGAAAGGAAGCAAAGGUGACAAAGGCGAACAUGGUCCCCCGGGUCCACCUGGUCUUCAGGGAACUGUUGGAGCUCCUGGACCUGCUGGAAGUGAUGGUGAGCCAGGUCCUCGUGGACAGCAGGGUAUGUUUGGACAGAAGGGAGAUGAAGGAUCCCGAGGCUUCCCUGGACCUCCUGGUCCCAUCGGUCUGCAGGGUCUUCCUGGACCAUCUGGUGAGAAAGGAGAAAAUGGAGACGUUGGUCCUAUGGGUCCCCCUGGCCCACCUGGUCCCAGAGGUCCUCAAGGUCCUUCCGGUGCUGACGGUCCACAAGGUCCUCCUGGUGGAAUAGGAGGAAUGGGAUCUGUAGGUGAGAAGGGUGAGCAAGGAGAAGCUGGAAACCCUGGACCUCCUGGCGAGCCUGGACCUGGGGGCCCAAAAGGUGAGAGAGGAGAGAAAGGUGAAGCUGGUCCCUCUGGUGCUGCUGGACCUGCAGGUCCCAAAGGACCCCCUGGAGAUGAUGGACCCAAGGGUAAUCCUGGCCCUGUUGGUUUUCCUGGAGACCCAGGUCCACCUGGUGAGCCAGGUGUUGCUGGAAUUGAUGGAGGCCCAGGAGAAAAAGGAGAGGAUGGAGAGUCUGGUCAACCUGGUCCUCCUGGUCCUUCUGGAGAAGCUGGCCCACCAGGACCUCCUGGCAAAAGAGGACCCCCGGGGGCUUCUGGAGCUGAAGGCAGACAAGGAGAGAAGGGCGCCAAGGGUGAGGCAGGAGCUGAGGGUCCACCAGGUAAAACUGGGCCAGUUGGCCCUCAGGGCCCUCCCGGAAAGCCUGGUCCCGAAGGUCUACGAGGAAUCCCUGGUCCUGUGGGUGAACAAGGACUUCCUGGUGCUCCUGGACAAGACGGCCCACCUGGACCAAUGGGACCUCCUGGUCUCCCAGGCCUGAAAGGAGACCCCGGCUCUAAGGGUGAGAAGGGUCACCCCGGUCUUAUUGGUCUCAUCGGACCCCCCGGUGAGCAGGGAGAGAAGGGAGAUCGGGGUUUGCCUGGUCCUCAGGGCAAUGCUGGCAGCAAGGGUGAUUCUGGUGUCAGUGGUGCUUCUGGUCCGCUUGGUCCACCCGGUCCUCCUGGAUUGCCUGGUCCACAAGGGCCAAAGGGAUCCAAGGGUUCGACUGGUCCUGCCGGUCAAAAGGGAGACACCGGCUCAGCUGGACCUCCUGGUCCUCCUGGUCCCCCUGGUGAGAUCAUCCAGCCUCUGCCUUUCCAGAUGCCCAAGAAGUCCCGUCGCUCCAUCGACAUGCAAGCGGACGAGGCUGGCACCAUGCUGGACUACGGAGAGGGCAUGGAAGACAUCUUCAGCUCCUUGAAUAACCUCAAACAGGACAUCGAGCGCAUGAAGUACCCCAUGGGCACGCAAAGCAACCCCGCACGAAGCUGUAAAGACCUACAGCUCGCUCACCCAGAAUUCCCAGAUGGUGAUUACUACAUUGAUCCCAACCAGGGAUGCUCAGGGGACUCCUUCAAAGUGUACUGCAACUUCACGGCGGGAGGCGAGACCUGCAUCUUCCCUGAUAAACAGUCAAAUGGAGUGAGAAUAUCUUCAUGGCCCAAAGAGCUUCCUGGCUCCUGGUUCAGUGAAUUUAAGCGUGGCAAAAUGCUUUCAUACGUGGACGCAGAAGGCAACUCGAUAAACGAGGUCCAGAUGACCUUCCUCAAACUACUGACAGCUUCCGCCAGGCAAAACCUGACCUACAGCUGCCACCAGUCGGUCGCCUGGCACGACGCCACUACGGACAGCUACGAGAAGGCAAUUCGCUUCCUCGGCUCCAAUGACGAGGAGCUGUCAUAUGACAGCAACCCCUUCAUCAAGGCCCUGUCAGACGGCUGUGCGGUGAAAAAGGGCUACGGAAAGACGGUGCUGGAGAUUAACACUCCCAAGAUCGAUCAGGUUCCGAUCAUCGAUGUGAUGAUCACUGACUUUGGGGAUCCUAAUCAGAAAUUUGGAUUCGAAGUUGGUCCAGUCUGCUUCCUUGGCUAAUAAAAACACAGACAAAGAAAAAAAUACCCAUAACUUGGCAGGGUAGGACGGGUUAGCGCACGAGUCAAGACUUUUUUUCUUGAUCUCAUCAAACCAUCAAGACCCUGUUCCAGCCACAUGCAAGUUUUGAAUAAAAAAUAAAUAAAUGGGGUUGCAAACACGUCUUACCUUGUAUGUAUGUAUUACCCAGGAAAAUACUUGUUGCCCUUGUAGGGCAAGGAUCACAUGAAACCUGUUAUGAAACGAAAAGGUGAAGGACAACGUCAAGCCAAGGCAAUCGGUGAACCUGGGAGGUCCACGAGACGGAGAAAGGGAGGACCUCUCAUCCGGAGUCUAUCGGUGCAGCGCAAAAAAUAAAAAAUAAAUUAAAAGAAAAAAAGACGACAACAAUGGUGCUUGUUCAAAAUACAAAAAAAGAGGUGCUAUGAGAAAGAGGAUGUAUUUUAAUAAAACUGUAAUUAUUAUUUUGUACAUUAUUGUUGUUUCUGAAUCCACUUUCAAAACUUGCAUGUGUGUAACAAUUGCAUCUGGCUCUUAAUUUCCAAAUCCCUCACAAAGGUUUAUAAGUUAUAGAACUGAAUAAAUAAAGAAUGAAAUAAUGAUAUUUUGUGGAUGAAAUACUGUGUACUUAUUAUUAAGCAAAUAAAAGACAGCAUUCAAACAGUUCCCUAUUAUUAAUUAUAAUGUAAGUCCUUUGUAUAUAUUGACCAUCCCAAAGUCGCUCACAGUCUGGCCCUUGAACACCUCGAGGAAGAUUCUACAGCACAUGCAACGCAACUGAUGUUGGCUCCUGUGCUUGAUUUAAGUAAUCUUGCCAUUCAUUCACUUUAAUUUAAUUUUUGUUUGUUAUUUGUUUGUUUUUAGGAUUUUUAUUUUUUCAGUUGUAGAUCGGUCGCAUACCUCAAACUAUCUUGAAAUUAACCAUACCGAUGCAAGUAUGAUGUGCCCUGUAUAUAACUUGGUUAUACAGUUAAGUUUAUAUAUUUUGGGUGGGGAUUUUGUUUUUUGUUUUUUUUUUUAAAUGGGAAAAAUACAUAUCUGUUAGGCCUCUUUUUGUUCGAAACCUUCUGUGAAUGCAAUGCUAAGGCCUUUUCGGUGACCCAUUUUUGUAACUAAAAUGAGAAAUUGUUUUAAAUGUGCUUUUUAUGGUUCAUUUCAUUAUUAAAAACUGGAUUCCAAACCAACCAUGAAA